UCCCAGCACAAACACGGGGGGAGAAAGGAGAGAGAGAGAAAAGGAGGGCAGUGUACAAAUAGCGGCACCCACGCCGCUGUCCAGUGUUCAGUUCAGCCUGAGCCCUGCUGAAGUCGUCCCGGUACUCUCCAGUCAAAGAUCGGAAGGCAAAGGUGUGUGGUGUGGGGGCGGCCGUAAACUUGAUUGGGCCACCGCGCUUUCUUUCUCCCUCCUCCUAAUACACAGCAGUACUACUGCUUCUGCUACUACAAUUACAACUACCAACGCGGAUUAUAGUACUAGUGCUAGUAUCAUUAAUAAUAUUAUUAGCGCAGCAUUGGAGUUAUAUUAUAUAGAAAUUAGAAACCCUUGUUGCUCAGUAAAGCCACCCUCCCUUUCCCUCAUUCCAAGUACUUUUAUAUGAAUUCAAUCUCACAUUCCUCCAUCAACCAAAUUCGCUUUGGAAAAUCAUUCCAAUCCUAAACAAUCAGAAAGAGAAUUCAUUCAUCAGAGAGCUUUGACAUGUCUCCUUCAUCCUGCUAAUACCUAUACUACCUUGUCGUUAAAAUGAGUGGUGGUCAGUUGUUAGAGCUUACUCUCAGGGAUAUUCUUCAAGUAAUCAAUCCCUUGAGGGAGGACUGGUCAAUAAGGUUUUAUAUCAUCAAUGAGCUUCAAGCUGUUGUUCAAUCCAUAGAAAGUCUCAGAGGUGCCACUGUUGAGCCUUUCGGAUCGUUUGUGUCCAAUCUCUUUACAAGAUGGGGAGACUUAGAUAUUUCCAUUGAAUUAUCCAACGGCUCCCAUAUUUUAUCUGCUGGGAAAAAGCACAAGCAAAUGUUGCUCAACGAUGUGCUGAGAGUUUUGAGAACGAAAGGUGGAUGGCGUAACUUGCAUUUUUUUGCAAAUGCUAGGAUUCCCAUUCUGAAGCUUGAGACAAGUCAUAGCAUCUCCUGCGAUAUCUCAAUUAACAAUUUGAGUGGCCAAAUGAAGUCUAAGCUAUUGUUUUGGAUGAAUGAAAUUGAUGGGCGUUUCCGUGACAUGGUUUUGCUGAUUAAGGAAUGGGCAAAGGCACACAAUAUUAAUGAUCCAAAGUUUGGAAGUCUUAACUCGUAUUCUCUGAGCUUGCUUGUUGUCUUCCACUUCCAGACAUGCGUACCUGCAAUUUUUCCUCCUCUCAAAGAAAUAUAUCCAGGCAAUAUGGUUGAUGACCUUAUAGGUGUGAGGGCUCUUGCAGAAAAACAUGUUGAAGAAACUUGUGCUGUCAACAUAAACAGAUAUAGAUCAGAUAGCUCCAGACUUACCAAUCAUAGUUCUUUGUCUCAGCUUUUCAUGUCAUUCCUUGAGAAGUUUUCUGACAUUAGUGCAAAGGCAGCAACACAAGGAAUUAGCCCAUAUACUGGACAGUGGGAAGAUAUUGAUACCAACAUGAGAUGGCUACCCAAAACUUAUGCUGUAUUUAUUGAGGAUCCCUUUGAGCAGCCAGUUAAUACAGCAAGGACUGUCAGUAAUAAACAGCUAGCUAGGAUAUCAAAUUCAUUUCAGACAACACUGAAUAUGGUUAAUGCGGCCAAUCAAGAUCAGAGUAUGCUUGUUUCUGCUCUUGUAAGACCACAAAUAUCGCAAUUUUUGGUAAAACCACCUUUUAGAUGCCAAAGUAGCCAUAGCAAUGGGACUCGGCCGCAAAUUCCAAGAGCCAUGCAGCCAGCUGGCCGUGUUCAGGAUCAGUUUCAAAACAGAAGAAGUCAGAAGCGUCAGAAUGAGACAAAUCAAAGACCAGCCCAAGUGGUCCAUAUUCCUAAAGUCCAUAGUCAAGUGCAGCAAGUGUGGAGGCCAAGAUCUGAAAGUUAAAAUGUUUCGGACUCUUUUGCCAACCACCACUCAUCCUUGUUUAGAAGAUGAUGGUCAAAGAUUGAGUUUUGGUUUGGUUCUUGAAAAGGUAAAGAAAAAGCUCACGAACUACUACCCUGAAGGCAAUAGGGUGCUCAAUGAUCUGGAGUGUUUUUCACUAUAUUAAUUUCACCCCCUUGUUGGUGGUCUGCAAGAUAUUGAUUUUUGUUAAUAUGCUCAUAAGCAAUUACUCUCUUUCGGCACAAGUCACACACAAAAGGUCCUCUAGAAGAUUUCGUGGUGUGGUGCAAUAUGCAUUAGUUACUAUCAUCAAACGUGCCCACAAUAGUUCGCACCUCAUUGUAAAGACAUUUUGGAGUGGCUUGAUUUGGACGAGUAUUGGGUGAAAGACUGGUUAUAAGGAGGCAUUUUCUGAAUUUUGCUUGGAAAAAUGUAACGUGUGAGGAUGCAAGAAUAGAUAAAAAGCUCAAAGCCCAGUACCCAUUUUCUCCUGACUCUUUUUAUUGAUGUCGGCUUAUUGUCAUCUAGAAAGGAAAGAGCUGAGAGAGGGAGGUAUGGAGGGGAGUUUUAGCUUAUUUGAGUCAAAUUUUGACUUAAUUUUACCAAAUUUUAGUUUGA